AUUUAAGUUUCAUUUCUCACCCUUUUCCUGUGGGGAGCUCCUCUGUGGAGAGCUGAUCUCUGGCUUGCCCCGCAGGAGUUUAUGAGCAAGAAGAGCCCCUGGAACCAGGACAGGAAGAAGCCAGGGGAGGCUGGCCAUGGAUUUUUCAUCAGAAGAGAGCAUAAAAGAGGUGACCUGCCCCAUCUGCCGGGAGCUCCUAAGAGAACCCAUGAGCUUGGACUGUGGCCACAGCUUCUGUGAAAAGUGCAUCACUGCAUAUGGUGAAUCAGGGAGCCCCCAAGAUUUGGAAUGCUGCUGUCCUGUUUGUCAGAGCAGAUACCAGCCUUGGAACCUCCAGUUUAAUUGGCAGCUGGCAGAGAGAGUGAAGAAAUUCAGGGAUGUGGACAUGAAUUCACACCAGCCAAGGAAGAGUGAUCUCUUUGAGCACCAUGUGGAAAAUGACCAAAUCUCCUAUAAAGAGGAAGAGGAGGCUUUUAGCAGGCUUUGUGUUCAGGAACAGCAAGGUCACCAAAUGUCCCCUAAGGAAGAGGUGGUCAAAGAAUGUCAGGAGAAGCUCCAGGAAGCUCUGAAUAAACUGACACCAGAGCAGCAGGAAGCUGAGCAAUUGGAAGCUGACAUCAAUGAAGAGAGAGCUACCUGGGUGUAUCGUAUGCAGACACAGAGAGAGAGGAUUGUGCAAGGGUUUGAGGAAAUGAGAGAUAUCCUGGACAAAGAGGAGCAGAAGGAGCUGCAAAAGCUGGAGGAAGAUGAAAUGAAUGUGCUGGGCGACUUAACUGCAGCUGUAGACCAGGUGGUCCAGCAGAAGCAGUACCUGAGCGAGCUAGUCUCAGAUCUCCAGCAUCACAUGUCUGAAUCAUCUGUAGACACACUGCAGGGUGUGAUUAACGUCCUAACAAGGAGCAAGAUCUGGACCUUGAAGAAGCCAAAAAUUAUUCCCAAGAAACUGAAGAGUGCAUUCCAAGUUCCAGAUCUCAAUGGGAUGCUGCAAAAAUUUAAAGAGAUGACAGAAAUUCAAAGCUACUGGGUGGACUUGAUGCUGAAUCCACUCAACAAUCUUUCAAAUGUUGCUGUUUCUUCGGAUCAGAGACAAGUGACAUUCGGGCAAUAUUCUAUGUUUAGUAAUGUAUAUCCAUGCAAUUUUUCUGCUUUUGAUGUCCUGGGCAGCCGAAAUUUCUUCUCAGGGAAAUAUUACUGGGAAGUUGAUGUGUCUGGGAAGAUUGCCUGGAUCCUGGGGGUAUACAGUACACCAAGUAACCUCAACAGGAAAAAAAGCUCUGGGUUUGUUUUUAACCCAAAUGUAAAUUAUUCAAAUGCUUACUCCAGGUUCAGACCUGAAAAUGGCUUCUGGGUUAUAGGCUUACAGAACGAAUCUGAGUACAUUGCCUUUGAGGACUCUCCCACUUCAGAUCCCAAGGUCCUGACUCUUUACAUGGCUGUUCCUCCCUGUCGAGUUGGGGUUUUCCUAGAUUUUGAAGCAGGUACUGUCUCAUUUUUUAAUGUCACAAACCAAGGGUCACUCAUCUACAAGUUCUCUAAAUGUCACUUUUCUCAGACUGCUUAUCCAUAUUUCAAUCCUUGGAACUGUCCAGUUCCCAUGACCCUGUGCCCACCCGGCUCCUGAGCCCUCUCCUUCCCUCACCCACUCCUGCAUAGCAACUUGUUCUGGGGCUCACCUCCUGCCUCUGAACUCACUGCUCCAUUCACACCAUCUGUUCUCUGUUGUCUCCCUUCUUCAGGACUUUUAGUCAUUUUGGGGUUUGCACUGUUUCUGACGUAAGUCAGAUGGGAAACUUAUUUGCUCAUUUAUCAUUUUCUGUAUUCUCAGUGAGAGACAUCUAAUCCCUCCUAAAGACAGAGCAGUAUUGGUGUAACAGCUCUGCACUCCCAUUUCUCCAUAUUUUUGUUUAUCACUGAUCUGAAGAGACAUGGAUCACCAGUGUCCACCAACCAUGACCUCAGGACAACACACAAUCAUCCCACCCACCCUCUCCAAAUAAGGAGUAUCUGAGUGUGUCUGUGUGUUGCCCAGCAUACAGCAGCAGGCUGUUAAGAGGGCUGAGAAAAAAAAAAAAAAACUAAAACCAAAAGUAAUAUAUGUAUCCAGAAUGAAAACUUUAUGUUCCAAAUUUCUUAGUUCAAAUCCUGUCUCUUGUCAUAAAUGGUGUGUAACAAUCAAUAAAUUUUUGUUUCUUCUCAUAAAAUACAAA